GGAAGGAAGGAGGGAGGACCUGUUAAGACUCGAGCGGUGUGUGCGUGUCUUGAAGUGUCGUGCAUGCAUUUUAUGCAUCUGUGUUUGCUUUGCAUGCACUCUCUCUCCUCUCCUCUCUUCUCUCUCUCCUCCUCCCUCUCACGCAAAUAUAUACACACCUGUAUCUGUAUCUGUAUCUGUAUCUGCGCAGUCUGUCUGUCUGCACUGCCCACUAGGCUCCUCCAUCCUCUCCUCUACUCUUCCUCCUCCUCCCCUACCAAAAAGACCACCGCUGCAAGCUCGCCGCUACGCCCCCCACCUUGGACUCUUUGCACCUGCUAAAACCCCCCUGUCCAGUACGUUUGACCCAGUUCAGUGCUCAGCCGACUUAUUCCGAUUUUGCUGAUUGCAGAGGUACAAAACAAUGUCCGCACAAGGGUAGCUAAACCUUGUCCUGAUGAGUAGCUUAGCGGCCGGGCAUCUCUCAAUUCGUGGAGCUGAGUCCUUGGAAGAUUCUAGUAGUUCUUCGGGAGAUUGAAAAAGAUCAGCGAGGCGCAGAAAAGGUAGAAUUUGUAGGCGGCCGGCCAGGGUUGAUGGAGCCCAAGAUUUGUGUCAAUGCGUCGUGUCGGACGACAUCGGUCCAUGAAUGGCGAAAAGGUUGGCCCUUGGAAUCCGGCAAAUUUGUUGAUCUCUGUGAUCAGUGCGGAUCUGCCUAUGAUAAAUGUGUAUUUUGUGAGACAUUUCACUUGGAGGAAUCUGGUUGGAGAGAAUGCAAUUACUGUGACAAGCGCAUCCAUUGUGGGUGCAUUGUCUCAAGGUCGUUCUUUGAGCUUAUGGAUUAUGGAGGCAUCAGGUGUACUGGUUGCCCAAAGAGUGCACAACUCCACACACCCCCUUCAACUAGAGAUAGAGGAGAAGAUGAGGACAAAUCUGUCCACUUGUAUAAAUUCACGGCUUCUGGUGAGAACCACUUCUCACCUCAACCUCGAAACAGUGAGCCACGUUCACUUUCCAUAAAAGUCAACCAAGAACUUGUGCACUUGAUGGGGGAAACUGGUAUUAAUCUUUCAAAUGUGGUCUGCCCAUCCAUGGAUAUAUUGAGUGAGGAGGAUCAUAUCAGAUUGCUGGAAAAUUUGAAGGAUUUCAACAAAUCGCUAACUCAUUCUUCCAUAAACAUCAGCUUGGGAGAUCUUGUUGGAGGUGCGAAUCUCGCUGUUCCUUUUCCAACAAGUCAACAGGAAGGAAGUGAGCCAAACACUGGGCCUUCUUCCUUCCAGCAAGGGGCUAGUUCUCAUCCAAUUCUGCCAAGCCUCUCAAAGCCUGGGAGUGCUGCAGGUGCAGGGGCAUCUAAACUAACAGUUCCUCAGGUUCGUGUUGCAAGGCCUCCUGCUGAAGGACGGGGGAAGAAUCAGUUGCUUCCUCGGUACUGGCCGAGAAUCACCGACCAAGAGCUGGAGCAGUUGUCUGGAGAUUUGAAUUCCACCAUCGUGCCCCUCUUUGAGAAGGUUCUUAGUGCAAGUGAUGCUGGUCGAAUAGGACGGUUGGUCCUACCAAAAGCUUGUGCUGAAGCAUAUUUUCCUCCUAUAUCUCAAUCUGAAGGUGUUCCAGUGAGGAUCCAAGAUGUGAAGGGGAAUGAAUGGACGUUUCAGUUCAGGUUUUGGCCCAAUAACAAUAGCAGAAUGUAUGUUUUAGAAGGUGUCACACCUUGCAUUCAGUCUAUGCAACUGUGUGCAGGGGAUACAGUAAUAUUUAGCCGAAUUAACCCUGGAGGCAAACUGGUGAUGGGUUUUCGGAAGGCGUCACACUCUAUGCAGCCUCAGGCCAAUGGAACAUCAUCUGUAACUCCUUCCAGAGUCGUUAUGGAGAAUAUUCCUGUAGUUGGUGGUUAUGCUGAUCUUUUGCAUCCUCCAAAUGGAACCAAGGAUCCCCUUCCAAAUUCUCCAUUUGAAAAUCUUAAAGACACUAGAGGCAAUGUCAGUUGGCAUAGAAAUGGGGAUAUUGUCAACAGGACUAGUGAAGAUGCGACUCAGCUGCCUCCAAUUUCAGAAAAGAAGAGGACACGGAACAUAGGGUUGAAAAGCAGGAGAUUGCUUAUGCAUAAUGAAGACGUCAUGGAGCUGAGACUUACCUGGGAAGAAGCCCAAGAUUUGCUACGGCCGCCGCCAAGUGUUGGCCCAAGCAUUGUGACCAUCGAGGGCCACGACUUCGAAGAAUAUGAUGAACCCCCUGUCUUUGGGAAGCGGACAGUAUACAUAAGCCGAUCAUCUGGGGACCAGGAACAAUGGGCUCAAUGUGAUGAUUGCUCUAAAUGGCGAAGGCUACCCAUUGAUGUUCUUCUCCCACCAAAAUGGGCAUGUACAGACAACAUUUGGGAUUCUGAAAGGAGAUUUUGCUCUGCUCCAGAUGAGAUGACCCCAAAGGAGCUGGAUGGCCUAUUAAGAAUAUCCAGAGAUACCAAGAAGCGUCGGCUUGUGGACAACCAGAAUGGAAUUGGAGGCUCAGUAGACAAUGAAACUGCCGGUUUAGAUGCUCUAGCAAGUGCUGCUGAACUGGGAGAGAGCAUGGUGGUGCCGUUGGGCCCAGGGGAGGCAUCAAUGGGGCCCACAACGAAACACCCACGGCACCGUGCAGGAUGCACCUGCAUAGUAUGCAUCCAACCUCCAAGUGGGAAGGGGAAGCACAGGCCCACUUGCACCUGCAAUGUAUGCAUGACUGUGAAGCGGCGGUUUAAGACCUUGAUGCUCCGCAAGAAGAAGCAACGCCAGGAGUCUGAACAUGAGCAGCAGGCAGAUGCUGCCUCUACAUCAAUGCACAGAGACUCUGGAUCACAACAACAAAUGAAUGUGGCUUCUUCUUUGGUUGAGAAAAGUGAAGAGAGGCAAGCAGGAGUUGCAGCAGCAGAAAAUGGCAGCAGCAACGGACAAAUCGACCUGAACUGUGAUCCCGAUCGCGAGGAGGUGGAGGGGUUUGACAAUGAGGCGCAGAAGAGACAUGUCAACAAUGUUAAUAGCGUCACCGCCUCGGGCACUUGCUUCCCUGCAAGCUGUGACUAUCCAACAAGAACAACUACUUCCAGCAGCUUCCAACAAGAGGAGCAGCAGCAGCUUUUGGACAAUGAGAAGCAGCACUUUGUCCAACCCAAUGAAGAGGCUGUUGUUUCCAUAGGACAGAAAGGCAAGAGUAGUGAUGGUGAUGGCCAUAGUGAUGAUCAAGAAGCAGCGGAUGAUGAGGAGCCUCCUCCUCGUCCUCCUGUUGAUAUAUAAGGACUGAUCAAAUGCUGGAUGCCCCAGGUGCUUCUUCGAGCAAAGAUGUGCAACUUGUUUCUUUUGCAUGCAGGACUAGCUUACCUAAGAUUGCUUGCAAACAAUGAGUUACCAAUAUUUGCAGCAGCACAGGAGCUUGUGAAGGUGCUGUGUUUGCGUGUCUGGUGGCGGGGGACAGAGCUUGAGUGACCAGGAAGAAGGAAAAAAGAGCAAGCGGGGCAACUACCGAAUUUUUGUGGGGGCUGUUUUGUGACAAUUAAACUUUAAAUGAAAUAAAGGUGCCUUUGAGAGUAAUGAAUAGUCCAAUAGUGUGUAUCCUGGGCCUGAAUUACAGAUGAUGAUGAUGAUGAUGAUGAUAUGCAGCGGUUUCAUAUGUAUUAAUUAUAAGAGACGAGGUUUUAGUUUCAUCUUUUGGAUAUCGAAUUGGAUUGGAUUUUAUAUCUAGCUAGCUAGUAGGGAGGAUUUUUUAUAUGCAUGUUGCCAUACUCCCCCAAUGAACCAUAAAAUCAUCAAUGGUAGAGAAAGAAAAGUUCCUCCU